AUGUGCCGUAAUUUUGGUGUAAUAAGAUUCAAAACACGUCACUCCAAGUGCAGAACCGGUUUUAUCGCAUUGCAAGUCUUCAGUGAGAUGUUUCAACAUACACAACUACGCAUAGUGGGUUAUACGGCUAUUUUAGUAAUACAUACCACAAAUGUCUUCUAUAUGAAUUGGCAUACAAAGGGUGUACAUACUAAAGACGAAAGGGUUUUAGUAUUUAAGGGCCUGGACAAUAGAUUCUUGACCACAUGGAAUUUUAUGCUACAAACAGCUUACGCCAUCUUCGGUUUAUUAUGCGAUGUCUACGUAUUGAAGAAUUCCCGUAAACAAUUAUGUAGUCUGCCAAGCUAUAUUGCUGAACUUAGGGAGAUCAUGUUUUCGGCUAUAGUUUGGCCUUCGACUUGGCUAGUAUUCACAGUAUUCUGGGGUUUGUACAACUAUGACAGAUCAUUAAUAUUCCCGGAGUACUUGGACCCGUUCCUACCAAGGGUGUCCAACCAUGUGAUACAUACUCUAAUUGCGCCCAUCGUGCUGUUUGAAAUUAUAUCCAGGCCGAGAAUCGAACCCAGUACCCAUUUAAAGAAUUUGAUAAUAACGAGUUUAUACAUAUGUUCUUAUCUGUUGGUGAUGUUAUUGACCUACAAAGAAAGGAAUGUUUGGCUUUAUCCAGUAUUUGGGCUACUCUACGGUAGCGUAUACUUUGUGCUAUUAGUGAUAGGCAUUUAUGGUUUAGCAAUUGGCUUCUACAUGGUGCAGUGGCCUAUAAGUAGGAUGAUAUGCUUGAAAGGAACAAAGAAGAAUAGGCAGAUACAGAAACGGAAGAAACGUGUUUGA